GCCGCCGCCCGCCUCGCCGCGCAGCCCAGAGCCGAAGGAGCCCGGAGGGGAAAGUUGCGUGCGGGACCGGGCCGGGCGCGAUGCCGGGGCGCGGCGCGCUGUGCCUGGGGCUGCUGCUGCACGUCCUGCUGGGCUGCAGCUCGGUGCAGCAGCCCGGCAGCUGCCCGGCCCCUUGCGAGUGCUCGGAGGCAGCCAAGACGGUGAAGUGCGUGAACAGGAACCUGACGGCGGUGCCGCCCAACUUGCCGUCCUACGUGCGCAUCCUCUUCAUCACCGGCAACCGCCUGGCCCGCCUGCCGCCCGGCGCCUUCCCCGCCCGGAGCCUGCCCGACCUCGGCGCCCUCAACCUCAGCGCCAACCACCUACGGGCCGUGGAGGCUGGCGCCCUCGCCGCCCUGCCCGCCCUGCGGCAGCUGGACCUCAGCGGCAACCCCUUGAUCUCCCUCAGCCCGCAGGCCUUCGGGGAGGAGGGCAGCCCGCUGGAGGAGCUGUCCCUCCGGGGGGCCCUGCGCGACCUCGGUGUCCUGCUCAGCGUGGCCGCCAUGCUGCAGUCCGGAGCCCUGCGCAACCUCAGCCACCUGGACCUGGCUGACAACGGGCUGCUGCUGCUGCCCUCCGGCGUGCUGGCCACCCUGCUCGCACUGCGGCGGCUGGACCUGGGCAGCAGCUCUCUGGUGGGCCUGCAGAACGUCUCCUUCCAGGGGCUGGGCCAGCUGCAGAGCCUCAACCUCAGCGACAGCUCCCUGGGCGUGCUGAGGAACGGCAGCUCGUCCCAGUUCCACGGCCUGCCUGCUCUCCGGCGCGUUGGCCCGGCCGACAACACAUGGGUCUGCGACUGCACCGUCGAGGACCUGAUGGCCUGGCUCAAGGAGAGUGACCAAGGGGAGGGCAAAGAGGCCCUGAGCUGUGCCCACCCCGACAAGACGUUGGGGAAAGCUUUGCUGAAGAUCAACGGCUCGGACCUGAACUGCUCCGAGCCCAUAGACUUGCCUUCCCAGCUACAGACUUCUUACGUCUUCCUAGGGAUAGUCUUGGCUCUCAUUGGGGCCAUUUUCCUCCUGGUUUUGUACUUGAACCGGAAAGGAAUCAAAAAGUGGAUGCAUAACAUCCGAGAUGCCUGCAGGGAUCACAUGGAGGGCUACCACUACAGAUACGAGAUCAACGCAGACCCCAGGUUAACAAACCUCAGCUCCAACUCCGAUGUCUGACAAAGUGCCGCGGCCGUGGAGCAGCGCUCAGUAGCUAUGCAUGAAAAGUAGACUUCUGCUUUACCCUCGUGCUUGCUUUCCCCCUUCGUGGAGAAAUCUCAGACGUGUGUGUGUGUGACUCGAGGGGGAUGUGCCUCCCCGUGGUGUCGAGUUCAUUUCCCUUUCGAGACACUGGGCAGCUGCGCAUGGUGUUGAGCUGUCUGUAGGAAACAAGCUGCUGCUCCUUUUCCUCCUGUCCUCAAGUCUGUACUUGUGUGAAUGUUGGGUUUUCUUUUUCAAGAUCUCAACAGAGAAACAAAACCCAAACAAAACUCUUCUCUCUGACCUCCAAAGCCAGCAGAGUUUAUAUAACAGAAUGUACCACUGCAGACACCGUCCAACAACAGCUGCCUCAGAUUUUGGGGGGAAAAAAGAAACUGUUACGUUCCUGCGGGCCAGUUUUGAUCUUGUCUAUCCGAAUUGCCAGGACAACAAUUCCCUUCCAUAGACCACACUGCAAAAGCAGCAGAGAAACUCCUUCGACGACGACUGUGUUGCCAAGAAGGACAUGGAAUAGUGGAAUAGUCGCUGUAGGAAAUGGAAUAGUGAGCAUGCACAAAUACUUGAUAUGGUUUUUACAUGGGAAACUUUCAGUAAGUCUCCUCCUGUUUUGUACAAUGCUUUGUGGUUGCAGUUUACGUGGAAGGAGAGAGGUUUUAUACAAGCUGGGAUCUAAGCUCCACCCGAACUGUUACAUUCAAUAAACAGUCUUACAGGAACUGCUGUGUUGGAAGUUUGCUGUUCCCUGAGAAACGUGCAGACACCUAAGGAUGUGGAUAGCUUCGUAGUCUUUGAAGUAGGAGCCCUGCAGUAGCAGCCUGAAUAAAAUUUUAUACCAGUGCAUAUUUUAGAGGAGUAAAUGUUGGAGAGUUUUGUCAGAUGUGCUAGGAGAAUGGCAGGGAUGAGUGUGGAGAGCAGCUUUGCUUGGCACAAACCCCCACUCUGUGCUCAAUAACCAGCUCAAAGCGUCGAGACAGCUGCCUUGGUCUCAUCCCUGCUGGGAAGGUACAAGUUGAUAGAGUUUUCCUGAGGGUCUUCUCUGCCAAAUUAGAGUAAAGUAAUAAUUCAGAUUGCACUGUAGAGUUUGUAAGUUUAAAGUACAAUUUCACCUGAGUUGGAUUGUUUGUUAUAAAAUAAUCAUGGUCUGAACUUAACUUAAAUGCAGCUCAGUUGUGUAGCUUGGUGAGCUCCAGGCUUGUGAAUCAGUGCAGCACUGACUAAGUGCUGCCUGCUUCAUUUUAAGCUCUUGGUACUUGCCAAGUUCUGCGGUGAAGUAACUUGAUGGAACUUUAUCUUCAGGUUGUAACCCAGGUGUAUGUCAGUGUCGUAUCUCAACGCUUGCUGCUUGCUCGGGAAUGCAUUUACUUGUACAUAGAUAAAGCAUGCAAAGAAAAAGGUCAAAAAUGCAUCACUCAGUGUGUGCAGCUCUGGUGACACACAAAAAGGUCUGCAAGAACCUUCCAAUUCAUGCACUUUUUCUGAUCCCUUUGUAGAUUCUUAAGGAAAGAAACUCCCUAGCUGUAAAAGUGUGACAUGAAUUGCUGUCUGUCAGUCUAUCUGUGGAGCUUGUUCCACGGUCGCUGUUACUUGAAGCUCUUGAGUGUUUCUGAACUUCUGGUUCUGAAUGACUGGCUUACUCCUUUUGCUUUCAGGAGUGGCAGUUUCCUCAUAGAUGCAGAGCUUCGGUAAGAGCUCAUAAAUAUAGAGUAGUCCUGAAAGCACCAGAGGAAAUCUAAUCUAUUUUGGGCAUCGCUCUUGUUCGAGUGCGUUUUUCUCUCCGUGCAACUUCAGGCAAAGCAAGCAGCACAAGUUGGUUCAGGCUGCUCUUCUGUUGCUUUAAAUUGGCUUUGUUUAAUAGCAGUGAUGGUUUGUUUGGUUGUUUUUUAUUAAGGUGUCUUUGUACACUCACCCUCCAAAAUGGAAAAGAAAAAGCAUCCUAAGUACAAUGAAUCUUUUGGUAAGUCAGCAUCUUCUGCAGUUAAUGUAAGCGAAGUGCUAAGCCUGUGCCUCCUGCUGUAAUUUGACUGCCUGAGCAAUAUCUGGUGAGCAGGCUGCAUUAAGCCUGUGGAUUCUUCAGGAGCAGGCUGCUGGCCUGAACGUUAGCUGCCUGUAUAUUAAGAACGGCGUGAAAACUCCAGCGUGAAUAGCUACUGCUGUGCAACUAUGCAAACCCUUCCUCCUGGGCAGCUGAGGCGGGAGGCUGGAAGCCAGGAGCGCUGCGCGCUGCGCUUGGUUGUGGCGCUUCACCUCGGAGCUUGUCGGCUCAGACUUCCUCUGUGCCGUGCCAAGAGCUGGGAGCGCAUCGGCCGCGCCCCGGGCGCCCCUGUGAUACCUAACGGAUAAAGUCGGUACCAGCCAGGACGUUUCCUGGGCAAUUUCUUGGGGUUUGUUGACAGCUACUUUGAAGUCCCUCUGGUGAAAGCAGUUCUCCGUGCCGUAUUAACAGCCAUGCGCUCAGAGAGCUGCUGUCUGCAGAGAGGCGAGGACUUGAGCGGCACCUCUGUGGCCAGCGGGCCGAGCAUUUGUGCAGCGAGCCGGUGGAACUCUUGUACCACACCUGCAAUUUUAAAGAUUGGUAUUUUUGUAUCAUGGCAAACGUAACUGAACUCUAGCAGAGACCUGAUGCCAGCUACUCUCCACUGAUUCCUUCCUUUCGCUUACCUGCGUGUUUGUUAGGGUGUAGCAGCAUGCAUCAGUACUGUGCUCAGUAGCAUUCCUCUGCAGUGCUUGCCCGACGGUGAAUGCUUCGGUGUUGUGUGCCAUGCGUUAUUGGAUCUCAAAUCCCCUUCCUUAAGGAGUGCUUCAAAUUCGUUUUCCUCCCCCGUUACAGAGCCAGCUAACCCUGCCACCCAGAAGACAUGUAAAAAGUAGCUCCCGAAGCGCUUCGCAGCUUGACUGAAGCUCUCCGCAGGAAUUGCCAUUAGCCUAAACGUUCUUCUGAAGCCCCUUUUAGAGUCUUGCUCUGCUUUAACCCCUGGAGUCCCACUCGAUGGCUGUUUCCAGAGCAGCCCAGUUAGUAAGGCUGUUUUCGUUCCUCCACUCUCCAGUAAAACACCUGCAGCCCUGGACGCCUGCGAGCUGCGUUGCCUAUGCAUGACCCCCGGCGGCCGGCGGCAGGCUGUCGUCGCCCGUCCUGCACAGAAAACCUCCGGACUAGGAGUGGACAGAUCUCUGGGGGUGGCUGCACAGCUGAGCAGUCUGCCCGAGGUUCGACUGCUUGCUUCAGACUGGUUUUACUUGUUCUGUAGAAGAAUAGCAGACGGAACUGGCUUACUUUUGGUAUCUUUUCCUAGAGUGCUCUUGGCUGAGUGCUCCAGAAGAAGUGUUCCUUCUCAGCAUGUGACUGCGGGAAGGAGCGUUUGCGUUCACGAGAUGGUUCUGCCUUGCUGCCCACCACAGACUUAAGAGGAACAGAGUUGUGCUUUCUAGCAAUGGUGCAUGAAGGCAUCUGAAUAAAUCAGCAAUGCUCUUUUGAGCACAGAGGAACAUGUUACAGAUCCUGUGCUCUAGGACCUUGCACUCUUCUAGCAGUGGUGGCUGUGCAAGAAACGCUGCAGCUUCUUCAGGCAACCUCUUCUUUCUUCAUUAAAACCUGUCCUUGAGGGAAACCACAAUAAAGUAUGCACCAUGUA